CCAAAUCUCAAGAAAGGACCGGAGGAUACACCAAGCCUUAGCCAAUCCUCGAUGGCGACUAUCCGCGAUGAUGACGAGCUUUUGCUGGCUCGUAUCGGCUAUAAGCAGGAACUACGACGAGAGUUCUCUAAAUGGUCGACCGUCUCGUAUGCCAUCUCCAUUCUGGGAGUACUCGGCUCCGUGCCGGCAACAUUUGGUGCGCCGUUGGCGGCUGGCGGCCCAGCAGCGGCCGUAUGGUGUUGGUUGAUCGGCUCAUGUAUGGCGAUGUGCAUCGGAAGCUCGGUGGCAGAGUUAGUCUCGGCAUAUCCCACGGCAGGAGGCAUGUACUUUGUCACAAAACACGUCGUGCCUCCUGACCAGGUCCCUAUCUUUUCCUGGAUACAGGGCUGGUGCAAUCUCCUUGGCCAGACAGCAGGGGUGUCUAGCGUGGCAUACACAGUCAGCCAGAUGCUGUUAGCUUGUGUUAGUAUGAACUCGGAGCUUGUCGAAGGCAGAUAUUCAUAUGCGCCGUCGGCGCUGGAGACCGUUCUAGUGGCCAUUGCAGUUCUCAUUGUUCUGGGGGUGAUCUGCUCAUUGACCACAAAAUCCUUGCAUCGGAUCAUUCUGUGGUUUGCUCCCAUCAACAUUGUUGCGACUAUCUGCAUCUGCAUCGCAUUGCUUACCCUCACACCGGAUCUGCAGCCAGCAUCUUGGGUCUUUGGCCAUUUUACCGACGGCUCAGGGUGGAACUCUAAGGUCUUCUCCUUCUUCCUGGGCUUCGUGUCAGUUGCCUGGACAAUGACCGACUACGAUGGAACGACACAUAUGUCCGAAGAAACCCAUGACGCCGCCGUGCGGGGACCAGUUGCUAUUCAGACAGCGGUUCUAGUAUCUGGAGCUCUAGGAUGGAUCUUAACAGUUUCAAUGUGCUUCUGCCUGUCCGAUCUAGAUGGAAUUCUAAGCUCUCCCACCGGCCUUCCCGCAGCCCAGAUCUUCCUGAACGCCGGUGGAAAGCGAGGCGGGACUGUCAUGUGGACAUUUGCCAUUCUGGUUCAAUUCUUCACUGGCUGCUCGGCCAUGCUGGCAGAUACAAGAAUGGCCUAUGCCUUUGCCCGAGACGAUGCACUUCCGUUCUCAAAGUAUCUUUCCAAAGUCAACUCCAUCACCCAUACUCCUGUUAACGCAGUUUGGUUCGUGGUUAUCUUCAGCGUUGGGUUGAACUGCAUUGCCAUCGGGUCCACGCAAACAGCCACCGCUAUCUUCAACAUCACUGCCCCGGCACUAGACUUGUCCUAUGUAUCUGUGAUUCUCGCUCGUCAGCUAAACAAGUCGAAGAUCAGGUUCAUCGAGGGUCCUUUCACGCUCGGCAAAUGGGGCACCCCAAUCAACUACAUUGCUGUUACCUGGGUUAUAUUCAUCAGUACUAUUCUCUUCUUCCCACCACAACUUCCCGUGACGCCUGCAAACAUGAACUACGCCGUCUGUGUCGGUGGCUUUAUCGCUGCAUUUGCUUUGGUAUGGUGGUGGGUUGCUGCGCGAGGGAAGUACACUGGUCCUCAAACCAACGACAUCAUACAAGAAGUUCCCACCCACGACGAUAGCAGUGAGUUUGAAGAGCCAGAUGAGCUCACUGCAUAG